AUGCCACACGAUUUUUUGCACGUGUCUCUCGCCAUGAUGGUGGCCGGAAAGGCUAUAAAACUACUAAUUAACUCUUUCAUCAGAGCCCCACCGCAGACUAAGUGGACACUUUCGCUCAAACAAACAAACCAAGUCUGCGACUCACAGACGCCUUGUUGUUGUCUCUGCCUCCGGCAGACAACGAUCGAGUCAAGUCUACAUGAUUUUGACCUGAUCGGGCUCAAGUGCACGGAUUCUCUGCCCUUCAGACAGGUCUCGGACAUCUUUCGUCCAAGUCUCCUUUGUUCGCCUCCCGCGCUUGCCUUGAACCGGCCAGAGGCAGAUGAAGGCGAAUGUGAGACCGGUUGUAUCUCGAAAAUGGAGUCACUCGGUGUCUCUUUCUUGAAAUCCCGACGUCCGGAACUCGGAAAUUCGACCUCGAAAAUGCCGUCGCCAAAGCAGACUACUCCCGGCUGGUUGGAGAGAAGUCGGAGUCUGGCCGGUUGGCCUGUGGUCGGCGGAGCUCUGGCCUCCGGUCACCAGUUGAGUAGCACGGGUCUGGAGAGCCUCGUCGAGGUGGAGGAGGCGGAACGCAAGCAGGGACCGAGACUGGGCUAUCAACGUCAGGUAGGCGUAGCUUCACGCCUUCUAGACAUCAUUUUGCUGAGUUCUCAGAUUCCUUUUAGCUGA